GCGGUUGAGGGCCGGGAAGGCUGCCCUGCGGGGGGCCCCGGGAGCCAGCCCGGGCCUCCCUCCUGGCCGGGUAGACGGUCAGAGUCUGGGAGGUGUCAAGGGCGAUGCACAGGCCAGGCCCGGCCCGGCAACAGGAAGGGCGGUGGGGCUGGCCCGUGCCAGGGCAAGGGAGACAUGGGCUUGCGCUCAGUUGUGUGGGUGGUGAUGGCCGGUGCUGGGGAGACAUGCCAGAAAGCAGAUGAAAUACAGGAGGGUGAAGACCAGUGGGGAACAGAGACCAGAGGUACUCCUCACUUAACGACCUACCUGUUUAACGACCGUGCGGACUUACGACCGCGCGGUCGUGGAAACGGAAGUACAAGAUGUCAGCGAAAAGGAAGAGCAUGACUUCACCUGGAGGAAGCGCCAAGAAACAAAGGAAGGCUAUUGAUCUUGUGAUGAAAAUGAAGAUCAUAAACGACUAUGAAGCUGGUAAGAAAGUUAAAGCGAUAGCACGUGACUUAGAGCUGGCGCAUUCGACCAUUUCGACAAUCUUGAAGGAUAAAGAGAGAGUGAAAGAGGCAGUGAAAGCAUCGACAGGAUUUAAAGCCAUAAUAACUAGGCAGCGGAAAGGCCUCAUUCAUGAAAUGGAGAAAUUACUGGCAAUCUGGUUUGAUGACCAGAUACAAAAAAGAAUGCCGAUGAGCCUUUUAAUAAUUCAAGCCAAGGCACGCAGCAUCUUUGAGACUUUGAAGGUGCGCGAAGGCGAAGGAUCCACGGAAACAUUUACGGCAAGCCAUGGAUGGUUUCAACGAUUUCGCCGGAGAUUCAACGUGCAUAAUCGGAGUAUCAGCGGGGAGGCGGCAAGCGCGGACGUAGAAGCAGCGGAAAAAUUUGUUGACCAAUUUGAUGAAAUCAUUGAGAGAGGUGGCUGCCGUCCAGAACAGAUCUUCAAUGUGGAUGAAAUCAGACUUUUUUGGAAGAAAAUGCCCGAAAGGUCCUACAUACACAAAGAAGCUAAAACAAUGCCCGGUUUCAAGGCUUUUAAAUCUAACGAAGAUUUAAUAGAGUUGGAAGCGCAGCAGCACUUGGAAGAGGAAGAAGAAGAGGAAAGAAUGGAAGAAGUACAAAAGAAGUUUACUCUAAAUGGGUUAGCUGGUGUGUUCUUGAAAGUGAAUGCGGCUAUAUUAGAACUAGAGGGUAUGGACCCAAAUGUUGAACGGUUCACGAAAGUGGAACGGCAAAUGAAUGAACUUUUACGAUGCUAUCGUGAAAUUUAUGAAGAAAAAAAGAAAAUUACAAAGCAGACCACACUAACGGGAUUCUUCUCGAAAGCUAUACCCAGGACCCCUGCUGAUAACUCCAAUGAUGACGCUGAUGACCCCGAACCACUACCACACUUUGAAGGAUUCGAUGACUAAAAUGUUAAUCUCAAUGUCUUUUUUUAUAACUAAUUUUUUUGGUACAUCAUUUUUAUAAUUUUCGCUGAUUGUAUUUUUAUGUUCUGUAAUAUGUAAGAGUUAUGCAAAUUAAAACAAAGUUAUCAAG